AUUGCCCCGCCUCUCCCAAUACAGUCCGGGCGUCGUACCAAAGACUCAAGUCAGCUGUUAGCGCACAUGUACCUGCUGAGUUCCUUCAGCGGGAGCUUGUAGCGAGAAUGUCCACUAUAACUACCUCUGUGGAAAGCUUGUCGCAUCGCAUAGCCAGGAUUUGACGCGUCUGGGCGGUUCUCGUCGCUUCCCUUCAUUGAGUGAGGUACUUGGAGGCCAUCUUCUGUACCCUGGCUUCCCUUCCAUGUCUCCAUCAAUCUUUUCCCAGGCGGCAUCUUUCUCAUCCACCAUCACCAACAUCACCACCAACACCACCAUACAUACAGUCACCACACCACAGCAACUUGAAUACGAACAACACCACCCACCAUGUCUGUCACUACCCAGGUUCCCAAGGACUUUGACGCUGAGAAUGCGGACAACUUUGAGGAUAUUGAGAAGCAGUUCGCCGUCAAGGCCGUCCAGCAGAUGGCGACGUACUGGGCCAUUCUUGAAAAGGUGCCCGGCUCCAAGCUGCGCCUGACCAAGAUGGACGACGACAUCUUCGAGCACCUCAAGAGGGACUUCCCCGAGUUCGACCCCGCCGAGCCCAUCAACGAGGACGAGAUGAAGAGCAAGACGGGCAAGGAGAGGUGGCGCACCUUUAUGAUGGCCUACGACAAGAAGAUUGACGACUACAACUUUGGCACCCUGCUGCGGGCCUCCCCCAAGACCGAGUACGGCGAGAAGGAGACCAUUUUUGUGCCGCGCAUGCAGUUUUAUGCCGUCGAGAUUGCGAGAAACCGCGCCGGCCUCAACGACUGGAUCUACGAGGAGGCGGAAAAGGAGAGGCAAAAGGCCAAGGGCAACACCCAGGGCAGCAGCGCAUAGGAUACCAACCAUCGAGCGAAUACAAAGUGAAUUUCUCUGCAAUCCAGUCGAGUUCUUGAAACAUGUCCUCGUGGGUGUACAUGUUAUGCCUCUACAUAGGUUUGGAAAUCGAAGAGGAGAGAGAGAGAGAGAGAGGGCCGGCCACCUAGAUCGAUUCCAUCUCAGCCACAACUGCUUCCUAUUGUUCUCGGC